UGGUCACCCUGAUGUAAACAAGACAACAAAAACAGUUUGAAUGAAUGUUUGAAAACUGAAGGCCGGUUGUUGUACAAAUGCAUUCAAUCAGCUGAAUGUUUUUGAUGUUUGAUUUAAAUUUAGUGUCAUACGUGACUAAGUUUCAAAAUUGCCUCGGGAAACUUCCUGGUCUUAUGAACGAAUCACGUUUUACCUGAUUUUAGUGCAUGUAGUGUUCUUACCUAACCAUGUCUGGGUUCAGAAGAACUAUCCAAUCCUUGAAAAGCCUUCAUGGAAAAUUAUCUGGGGUAACUUAUGAGAAUGCUCUCACAGAAUGCCGGGAACUUGAAAAUGGUUUAUCAAAUGAAGAUAUACAUUCCUUACUCUCUUUUAUUACUGAUGAAAAACUCUCACAUUGCAAGUCAUCAAGCUUUCGUGAUCUCUUAUUUUGCUGCGUUCCGGGAGAACCUUUAAGUAGCGAUAUAAUAGACAUUCCUUUGUUGUGGAUGCUUUUUAACGCAAAUAAUGAAACUGUAGUUGGAUCCAAAAUCAAUGCAGUGUUGGAGUGGGUGUCCGGCCUGUUGGAGUUCAAUCUCAUUGACAGAAGCUUUGUUGAUGGGUAUUAUGAAAUGUACUACAAAUUACUUCAAAGAGAGCAGUGUCAACGUUAUGCAUGUAAACUAAUACACAUGCUCACCAGACCAGAUGAUGUUUAUCGAGGAAGAGUAGAGGAAAUUCUCUCUAUUUAUCGAAGAGGUGGAAAAAAAGCAAAGCACAUUGCCCUCUUAUUAGAGUUGUUCAAGACAUUCAAGCCUGAGCUGGUUCCUGAAAAUACUCCAUCAUAUAGCCGGGAAGUAGCCUUCAAAAGUAUAUCCCCAGGGUUUCAGCGUAGCCUAGAAGCUGCUACCGUACGAAUGCAAUCCUAUAAUAAUCAGUUACCAGCCAAAAGUACAGGUUUAGAUUGGACUGCUGUCACAUUUAAGAAGAACAAAGUGGGUAUGCCACUAAUACCCAAUGCUAUGUAUGUUCAUCUUGGAUCUGAACUGUACAGAGAAAAACGGCACAAAGUUGUAGAUUUCUUAGACAAAGUGUCUCUUGCAAGUUACCAUUUUAGUUGUGAAAUACCUACAUCAAUUUUAUCUUUGUUGCUGAAUGAGGGUGGCAUUCACUUUUUAGCCACUCACAACAGCGAUGUUCACUCUCGCUUCUCUUCAGUUCUCUAUGCAUGUCUUCAUUCUGUAUUUAUACUUAACAACCAGAAUGUUCCUUAUGAAGAAAGAGAACACUUUCUGCAACAGCUUGUUGUUCUGGAAGACUACAUGCAACAGGGAAUCCCUGUUGUUUCUCGCUUCCUGGCAUUUUACAUAUCGUCUUGGGAUGGGCAGGAUCAUCAAAAAUAUAUCUACAGGCUGUUGGAAAGAAUUACACUAGUUAACUUUGCAGAGUUCAAUGACUGCAUUCUCACUCAUUUGCAAACUCUGUUUCUUGCUGGCAGUACUGAGGAAAAAGCUCUUAUUAUACAUACAUUAUCAGAACUUAUCUUCAACAUGUUUAUCCGGUCAGCAAAUGACCUACAAAAAGACCAUUUGUUUUUGGGAGAAAAGUUUACAUGGGAAACAGACUAUGAUGCCACUGUACCACAACUUGUUCAAGUUGUUACUCAUCUGUGUGAAUCAGGUCUUUUACAGACCUCUAAUGACCCAUCAAUACUUCAUACUGCUCUCAGCUUUUUUGAAACUUUAGUGGAUUUGGAGUCUGAUUUGAAAAAUGAACUAACGGUCAUCCCUCCAGCUAUUUUCUAUCGCUGCUUGUUUUCAUUGGAUUUCUGUUCUUUGGCUAGAGCUUGUGGUCUGCUGUUGAGGUAUAAAACCUCAGGUCUCACAAGGAGCAACGAAAAUAUAGCAAUGCUCAAUAAGUACUCUUGUGAUGUUUUCAACUGUCUUAUAAAUAAAAAAGCAUUCAGCAAGUCAGAUCAAGGAUAUAUCUUGUCAAAGCAUGCUGAAUUAAAGCAAGUUAUACCAUUUGAUCCUGAUUUGGCAUUUAGCUUGGAAUAUCAUCCAACAAUGCUAGGACUGGCUCAACAUAUGCGAACACUUGACACGUCGUCUGAUGUUGUGUUAUCUGAUGAAGUAAUGAAGGAUGCUUUACUGGUAUCUUUCCCUGAUUUGCAAGAGUGCCUAAGUGCCUUGAAGGACCAAUACCGGGCGUGUCAUAGCACAACUUCUAGUAACUCUUGAGAUAGCUUUGUGAUAAAUCUGGAUUAGUUGGGCAUGUAAAUAGUACCAUGUACAAAUGUAUAAAAUAAGUGCUUUUUUAUUAUGUAAUAUAAAAUAGUUAUAAAAAUAAAUAAAAAUAUUAAAAAUUCA